AUGACCGUUACUUCAAAACUUAUCGAUUAUCAAGAUGCGGAUGGAAACCAUUUUGAGGGAGUUGUCUACAUCCCAGAAAAUGCCAAAAACUCAGCAGUCCCAGCCGUUUUGGUGUUUCCAGCCUUCCGAGGAAUCACUGAAUUCGAGAAAGAGAGAGGGAAUCAAUUGGCAGAAUUUGGCUACUUUGCCUUUGUCGCUGAUGUUUACGGAAAAGGAGUGAGACCAACGGAGAGAGCAGAGGCGUUUGCGACAAUGGGCCCACUUGUUUCGAAUCGUGUUGAGAAACUCAAAUCGAGACUGUUUGCUGCUUUGGAAAGUUUGAAGACGUUCUCCGAAGUUGAUCAAUCGAAGGUGGCAGCAAUGGGAUACUGUUUUGGAGGACUUUGUGUUCUCGAUUUGGCUAGAUACAAUGCUCCUUUGAAGGCAGUUGUGUCUUUCCAUGGAACAUUGAAACCAAUUCCGGAUUUGCCACUUGACCCAAUCAAUGCGACAGCUGUACAAGUUCAUCACGGAGAUGCGGAUUUCCAUAUUGCCAAAGAUCAGGUCGAUGGAUUCCAUGAGGAAAUGAGAACUCGUCAGGCGGAUUUUGUAUUCGUCUCUCACGCGAAAGCAAUGCAUGCCUUCACUGAGCCAGAAGCAGAUAGUUUAAUGCUCCAGGAGUCGGAUACAAUGAAAAAGCGGCUAAAAGAUCAUGGAGAGCAGCAGUGGGACUAUUUCAUGAAGUCUUUGCUUGAAAAAAAAAAGGCAUUUCAUAGAAUUUUUAGUUUUUAUCGUGUAAUGUCAACUAUCAAUAGAACUGGUCACAAUGUAUUGCGACCACUUGUCUAA